AGGGGGAUGUUAAAAAGAGACAGGAAGAGAUAUACCCAAGGGGGGGAGAGAGUUAGAGUUUAAGAGGAAAAAAAGUAAGGAGAAACCGAGAGAACGACAUCAGAGAAAUCAAAGGGGGAGCAGAAGAGGGAGACAGUUGGGGUUUGGAUUGUGCAGCCGCGGAAGAGGGGAGGGGAAAAGUUGGACACGGACAAUCUUGCAGGAACUUUUUUUCUUCUUUCCUUUCUCCGUGGAAGAAGCCUCAAGACAAACAGUCAACGGUACAAAAGACACACUGGAUUACAAUUCAAUUGCAUCGACCCACAAGAUUUCCCCGGAUAGUUACGCGUUUAUUUCCGGAUUCAUGUGGUCGCAAAUUUGUGGAUUAAUCAAUAGUUGAAGCUGGUGGUUGAGGUGACGUGAGGUGUUUUCGGUGGAGUGAAACCAUGUGGCUUCUCUGCUCCUCUCUGGCGCUGUUGGCACUCAGCUUUGGAUCAUGUGACACACUGAUAUCAGAGCAAGAUGAACAAUGCCCCUCCGUACAAGUGGAAGAGUGGAAGUUUCCUCAGACGACCAGGCAGAAUAUCACAGGUUUCAAUCUGGUGAGGCGCUUCUCCCUGCUCAAGAAUAAAGAUGUCAAGAGGAUCCGCAACCCUCGAGGACCCACCAUCCUGCGCCUGGGAAAGACUGCACUCCUCCAACCUACUGAUCAGGUGUUUCCACAUGGCCUGCCUGAGGAGUUCACCCUCAUCUUCACCCUGGCGUUAAAGAGGGCUGCCCUGGGAGACACCAUCUACCUCUUCCAGAUCUCUGAUCAGCAGGGAUACCCACAGUUCUCUGUAGACCUCAACGGACCCGAUGGCACCCUGUCCCUGCGCUCCAGGGGGGUAGACCCCACAGCUGACCAGGUGAGCUGCGUGUUCACCGGGGAGGGAGUGGAGGCCCUGAUGGACUUGAGCUGGCACAAGGUGGCUCUCAGCGUGCAACAUGGAGCCGCUUCCCUGCAUGUGGAUUGCCACUCCAUUGAGACCAAACCCAUGGAGCCCCGCGGGGUCCUGCCCACCGACGGACACACGCUGCUGGGCCUUCGGGCUUCAGAUGCUAGGCCUGUGCAGAUGGACAUUCAGCAGGUGGUGCUGUAUUGUGACCCCUCCCUCGCCCUUCAGGAGGCCUGCUGUGAGAUCCCUGGAGCACGGUGCCCAACAGAUGCUCCCAAGAGCCGCCGUGCUGCUGAAAACGACCUGUUGGAAAACACUUUUAACCAGGACAUUUUUGCAACAAAGGAUCUUGCCGAUAAAGUAGCUCUUGGGUUGAAAGGAGAAAAAGGCAACCAGGGUGCCGGCUGUUCUGGCUCCCAUUCAGGUCCAUGCACAGAAGGACCCCAGGGCCAGAAGGGAGAGAAAGGCGAGCUGGCGCUGCCCGCCAACUGGGACGAAGCAACAGGGUACAAGGGAGAGAAAGGUCAGAAGGGAGACUUCGGUUCUCACGGACUCACGGGCACUCCAGGGAUUGAUGGUCGAGCAGGGUCCAUCUGUGUCGUCGGGCCCAAGGGACACAAGGGUACCCCAGGUUUGGUGGGUCCUGAGGGGUUAGCUGGAGAGCCAGGGAAACCCGGAUAUCCAGGAGUUGGAAAGCCAGGCCCACCAGGCCUUCCUGGUAGACCCGGUGGUGCAAAGGGAGCCACGGGAAUGGAAGGCCUCCCGGGAAAAGAUGGAUUUACAGGAGAUCCAGGACCAAGAGGACCAGGGGGGUCUAAAGGAGACAAGGGUGACCCAUGCGAAGUGUGCCCCGUGCUGCCUUCAGACCUGGAUAACACAGUGGCAGUGCCAGGGAAACCGGGCCCAAAGGGAGAGCCUGGAGUGACAGGGAUAGGAGAGAGUGGACUGAAUGGUCAAACGGGGGCAGGUGGAAAGGCAGGACAGAAGGGGGAACAAGGAUCAGGUGGCAUCAAAGGAGAAAAGGGGGAGCAGUGUGCUGUGUGCCCCACUCUCGGAGGGUUACCCGCUAACCUCCCCCCCAAUGUCGGGCAACAAUUCCUAACGCAGAAGGGAGAGAAGGGAGAGCCUGGGAUCGGAGAGCAAGGAGAGCAAGGAGAGCCAGGAAAAGCAGGAUCACCUGGACUUGGAGGAGAGAAUGGUAGCGCAGGCAGCAGAGGAGCUGCUGGCAAGCCGGGGAAGCAGGGACCAAAGGGACCCGGUGGCAAGGCUGGACAGAAAGGCCCUAAGGGAGAGCAAGGACCGCCUGGUGUUAGUCAAGCUGGGCCCAAGGGCGAAAAGGGCGAGUGUGGUCUCUGCCAGCCGGCCGAGGUUGGUAGCGGACCCGCCGGCUACAAAAUGCCUGACGGAGUUCGAGGCAACCCAGGCGCACAGGGCCAGCAAGGUCCAGCUGGACCUCCAGGUCAGGGAGCCGAGGGCAGACAGGGCCCACCAGGACUUGCUGGUGCAAUAGGAGAAAAGGGUGAAGAAGGUGGACGAGGAGACAACGGACUGGACGGAUCUGCCGGAUCCCCAGGACUGCCUGGAGAGGCUGGUCGGGACGGACUGAGUGGCUUGAAGGGAGAAAAGGGUGAAGCUUGUACCAGCUGUCCUUCUUCAGGCCCUGCAGUGGGUGGGGGUGUAGCCGUGCAAGGUCCCAAAGGAGAGAGAGGAGAUUCAGGUCCUGCUGGGGAAGGCAAGCCUGGCAAAAAUGGAAAACCAGGCUUACCCGGUGUUCAGGGGCCCGCUGGUCCCAAAGGAAGCAAGGGAGGUAAUGGAGCUGCAGGAGUCGGCCUUCAGGGACCACAAGGUGAAGAGGGGCCAAGAGGGCUUCCAGGACUUGUAGGACAUGCUGGAGCCGGAGGAUUGACUGGACCUGUUGGUCCUGAUGGAGAAAAGGGCUCCAGAGGAGAAGUCGGGCUUCAAGGACCACAAGGGCCUCAAGGCGUUGGAGUACCAGGCCCCCCGGGGGGAGAUGCAUUUCCCGGGCUUCAAGGAGCUGACGGCAAACCUGGAUAUGAUGGAGCUAAGGGGGACAAGGGUGAACCUGGAGAGUGCAACUGCAUAACGCCUGGGCACUCAGUCGUCGGUGGACCUGGAGCUCCAGGAACUGCAAUAAACGCAUGGCAGGCCGGGCCCCAGGGCCCAGCUGGACCUCCCGGCCCCCCUGGCCCCCCUGGGCCUGAGGGUGUUCAUGGAACAAAAGGAAUACAGGGUAACCCUGGAAACGACGGGAUACAGGGGAUACCUGGAAUAAGCUCAGGAUAUAUUGCAUCACAACGGCUGCCUCAAGACAGUGGAGAUACUGGUGAUGAGGGCUGUGGAGGGAACUGUUCCCAAGGAUCUGGAGUGCCAGGCCCAAACGGUGUCAAGGAAGAUUCAACAGACCAGGGUAAGCCUGGUGUAACCCCAUUGGACAGCUGUGACAAGUGUUUGCAGAGACUACAAAGAGACCAGGGAACACAACCAUCGUACGACAGAUCAGGAUCACCCGGAAUUCCAGGAUCAGCCGGACCAGAAGGAAUUAGAGGACAGCCAGGUAUACCAGGAGAGCGAGGCUCAGCUGGAGUACCAGGACUCAUGGGACCUGUUGGUUUCCAAGGUCCCCAGGGCCCACCUGGUACACCUGGACAGUCGGGUGAGUCAGGGUCAUCAGGCCUGCAAGGGAUGAAGGGCGAACAGGGUGCUUCUGGGAUAUCUGGCUAUCCAGGAAGCAUGGGACCGCCUGGACUUCCUGGAAUGAAGGCCGAACGUGGGAGCCCCGGAAGCUCUGGUCAGAAAGGAGAAUCAGGCCCUCCUGGUGUACCCGGGUACCAAGGACAAGCUGGCCCAACGGGCAUUAAAGGAGACAACGGACCAGCAGGGCCUGUCGGUCCCAAAGCAGAUGCGGGUUUCCAAGGAUCACCAGGUUUCCCAGGACCACCAGGUGGACCAGGUCCUGCUGGCAAAAGUGGAAGGGAAGGGCUCUCAGGCCUAAAAGGUGAAAAAGGAAAUGAUGGCGCUCACGGCUCUCAGGGAUCAACUGGACCUCCAGGCUCUUCAGGCUCCCCUGGGCUCAUGGGCCCCCCUGGCAUUGAGGGGUUGGAUGGAAAGGAUGGGAAACCAGGGCUGCGGGGAGAGGCAGGCCCUGCAGGCCCAGCAGGACCGAGAGCAAUCCCAGGAUUCAAAGGGAAAACCGGCCAUACUGGCUUCCCUGGACAGAAGGGUGAAUCUGGACCUUCAGGCCCCUCUGGACCACCAGGCAGGACAGGACAUGAUGGUGACUCCGGGACCCCAGGACCUCCGGGCCGACCUGGACCUUCCGGCCACAUUGGCUCAUCAGGUGCAGCUGGACCACCAGGCUCACCUGGUCCAUCAGGACUGGGUAUAAAUGGAGACAAGGGCCAAGCUGGGGAGAGAGGUCUUCCAGGGAUGGGAGGAGCCCCCGGACCACCUGGGCACCCAGGGCUUUUGGGAGAGCCAGGCAGCGAUGGUGCAGCUGGUAAAGAUGGAUCCGGAGGCCUUCCAGGAGAAAAUGGGCAGCCAGGUCCAAAGGGUGAAGCUGGGGCUGCAGGCCAGAGUGGUCAAGCAGGGGAGAGAGGGAGACCCGGACCCCCCGGCGGGGGAGGGUACCACACCAAGGACGCUCAGCCCAUGAUGGGCCACGUUGGACCCAGAGGGGAGAGGGGGAGCUCCGGCUCAGACGGCUCCCCCGGGACCCCUGGAUCUCAAGGGUCACCAGGAAACAAUGCUGUAGUCAAUUAUGAUGAAGUCAAGAACUUCAUCCGCCAGCAGGUCAUCAAGAUCUUCGAUGAGAGAAUGGCCUACUACCUGUCUCGCAUGCAGAUGCCAGAGUCGGUGGCCUCCCCAGGCCGGCCCGGGUCCGCAGGGAAAGACGGUACUCCAGGUGUUUCUGGGAGCCAGGGGGCACCUGGAGUCCCGGGUCAGAUUGGAAGACAAGGACGAUCAGGAGGACAAGGACUCCCCGGACCACGAGGGCCAGAGGGAGUAAAAGGAGAUAAGGGUGUAGGAGAGAUGGGAGACAUAGGACCUCCAGGAGCACCAGGUGUCCCCGGGCCCCAAGGCUACGGUAAGACUGGCCCCCCAGGUCCCGUGGGCCAGCAGGGUGUUCCUGGGGUCUCGGGCGCCCCUGGGCAGACGGGGAAAAGGGGAAGCGACGGCCGGUGUAAUCCAGGGGACUGUGGGAGCCAUCAAGUGGAGUACAGUCCCAAGGGCCCAGUCAAGGGCCCCUGGUAAAUGGCUGCAAGUGGAGUAGACAGGAAGCCAAAUACUUUGAUCCAAAGUUUUUAAAUCUAACCAUCCUUUGUUGUUGAAUGGUACAAAAAUCCACAAUGUCUUUCUGAGGGCCCCGCUGGAAUGAGGCCUGCAAAGACACACCAGCAGCACUUUUAUGACUUCAUUCUUUCUUUUCAUUGCCUCUUUAUUCUCGCUGUGUUUCACUCCUUUUGUAUCAUUUCAAACAACCCAGGGGAGGUGACAGGAAUCACAAUUUCUAUUUGUCUUCUCCUUGAUUAAUUCUGGCCUCUUGUGUUGUUUCUAUUCUCUUUGCCUAAAUGUGCAGCAGGAGAAUACACACAGGUACGGCAGCUCUUAGCUUGCACCUCUGAUAUCUUUGCUCCCUCCUCACAGAAUCACACUCAGAGUCAAACUAUGCAUUCCUAAUAUUCUGUCUCAGUGCUGUGAUACACAUUUGAAUUUGACUUGUAAUAGAAAUCCCCCACAAAAAAUAUUUCAAUUCUGUAGAAACUGACUUUGCAAUCAUACCCCUUUUUGAUGGGUACGACUGUUUUGUAUAUAUUUAUAUUUAUAUAUAUAGUGGAUUUUUAUACUAUUUCAACAGAAAGGAAGACAAACGCAUGGCUAGCCACUAUUUUAUUCAUUGUCAAUGCAUCAAGCGUCAAAGAAAGCAGAAAGGAUAUUUUUAAUUGAAUAUUGUGUUCAUCAAAAGACAAUUAUUUAUAAAGGAAAGUUCCAUUUGUGUCAUUUAACUCCAGUAUUUUUGGAAAUGCAGCCAUUUUGAAGCAUCUCAUUGUGUAUUCCAAGUGGCUGUAAAAGCCAUCUGUCUGCUUCAACAGGCAUUUGAUUAAAAAAAUAUGAGCAAUUAUUGAGUCCAUUUACCAGAAAUACUGUAACGCAUCACUGAGCUAACCACCAAGCCUUCAAGGAGAGAGAACAUAUUCUGAAAAGUAUCACCAAUGUUUUUGUAGUACGAAUAUAUUUUGCUGUAUUUUUUUUUUUUCCUGUUUUACAUUUUUUUAAACUGAAUUAAAUUGCUUUUCAAAGA